ACUGGUGACGUCAGCGCAAAUAGGAAGAGGACGGCAUGAAGGCCGCGGACGGGCUGCUGUUGUUCUGGGCUGUUUAGUCAAUGACAGGUCAAUGUUGAUCGCGGUUGAAUGGCAGCAUCCGACAGUCGGCGGUCUCACCGGGAUUUCGAGGGAAACAGAUCAGUUCCAAACGGCGAGGAAGCGCGCAAUGUGAGAGAUACCGGAGUACAGACGGACACCAAAGUACAAGGUCAUGGACCUCGACUGUCCAAAGCCAACCUCUUCACAUUGUUGAGUCUAUGGAUGGAACUUUUCCCAAAGAAAGAGCCACAGCAACAAGAAAAUGAUACUGCUAGGGACACUGGUCUUGUGGUGGUCCAUGAGCGCAGGGUUCUGGGUCUGCAUUGCUCCAGUGUGCAGUUACAUGCAGGACAGGUGGCUGUGGUCAAACAUGGCCCCAGACUGAAGGGAUGUGAUCUCUACUUCUCCAGAAAACCCUGUUCAACCUGCCUCAAAAUGCUCAUCAAUGCUGGUGUGAGCAGGAUAUCAUACUGGCCCGGUGAUGCUGAGAUCAGUUUGUUGUCAGGUAGACACAAUCAUACUGACCCCAGUCACCAGGAAGCCAUCUUUGAUGCAGCAGCUGCAGAGAGACUGAAGUCUAACAGCAGACCCCACAUCUGUGUGCUCCUGCAGCCUCUGGACUGCACCAUGCAGCAGUUCGUGGACGAAACAUCUCAAAACUGUGACUUCCUUUGGAAGAUUGCUGCGGACAAUCCUACUCUCAAUGUUAAGGAUCUCUUUAGAAGGGAAUGGUGGAACAACUUGGAUGAUUUCUUGGAAAAGUUGUUUAUAAAUGACGAGGAGCAGCAUAAGUAUGUGCUGAACAAGAUGGGACUGGAUAACUUUUGUGCGGAACCAAAUUUUAGUAACUUAAGGCAGCAUAUGAGGAAUCUCAUUAGGAUUUUGGCAUCUGCCGCUGCAAGUGUUCCGGUUCUAGAAGAAAAUUAUGGUUUCUUCACGAGAGAGCCUUUAGGGAUGGGUUCUCCAGCUCUGCCCCAGGAUGUGGUGCGACAUUGUAUCAUACAGGCCCGAUUACUGGCAUUUAGAACAGAGGAUCCUAAAGUGGGAGUUGGUGCAGUUAUUUGGGCUGAGGGCAAACAGUCACAAUGUGAUGGCACAGGUCAGCUUUACUUAGUGGGCUGUGGAUACAACGCCUAUCCAGUGGGCUCACAGUAUGCAGAGUAUCCUCAGAUGGAUCACAAGCAAGAGGAGAGACAGAACAGGAAGUACAGAUACAUCCUCCAUGCAGAGCAGAACGCGCUCACAUUCAGGAGUGCAGAGAUAAAAGAGGAGGAGAACACAAUGAUAUUUGUGACCAAAUGCCCAUGUGAUGAGUGUGUUCCUCUGAUAGGCUGCGCUGGAAUAAAGCAAAUCUACACUACAGACCUGGACAGCAAAAAAGUCAAAAACGACAUCUCCUACCUCAGGUUUGACAAACUCAAGGGGGUCCAGAAGUUCAUUUGGCAGCAGAAAUCUUCUGCUAGACUUAUGUCAGAACAAGCUGCUCCGCACACAGCAAAUGGAUACAUGAAACGAAAAGGAGAGGAAACUAAUUUUCAGUGCAAUAAGAGACUGAGAUCAUAGAAGUAAUUUCGAAAGCUGCUGUCCUGCCAUUAUGACAGCAACAGAUGAUGUUCAAAUGAGACUCUUUCAGUUCCUGGUGAAGACUUUAUUUAACCUGCCAUACUCAUGCAGCACGAUUAGAAUCAACAUUAUCUUGUGAUUACAAUACAGCAUAAAAGAGGGUAAAUCUUUCAUGCUUUUAUCAGUUUACCGGUACAUCCUGUUAAAGGUUUAAUUAUAUGUAUUUUAGAAAUGGGAUUUGAGUUGAAAGGUUUUAAAAUUGCACACAACAAUGUUUUUUAAUGUAUAAAAUUGAAGGGACAAGCAGAACUGUCCAUUACAUGUUCACACAAAAUAUAUUACUAUUUAGAUUUGUUCCUAAUUUACAGUCUACAGUAUAUAUACCUAAUGUGUUUUUUUUUCUUAAAAAAAAAAAAAUCAACGAUAUCGCUAACACUUCAGUUGUUUUUUUGGUUUUGGUUGAAUUUCAGAUGGAAACUACACCUGUUUAUGUAGUAAAAAAAAAUUUAAAUUAAAUUUUGAACACAUGAUUUGGAAUCUUCAGUGUAACUGCUGACAAAUAUAUUUAAUAAAUUUGGCUUCAUGAAAAUAAUUUGAAAAUAGUUGAAAUGAAUUUGCUUCACACUGAUGAGUGUAAACCACCAAAGCAUAUUUCAUCCUAUAAUCCUAAACACGAUCGUAAUAAAACAAUCAAUCAACUGUAGAGGAAAAAAAAGAAUGAAAUUUAAUGAAUUUUCUUCAACAGCAUAACUCAAAUAUAGUGAGUUAAAGAGGUUCAUUGCUUAAUCAAGCUAAAUAUGCUCAAUGAGAACAUAUUAAA